GUCCUCGCUAAGUCCAGCACCACGUCGAGGGCGCCAGGAGCCUAGACAACACCCUCAUCAGAUCGUUGCCAUUGUCAGAUUCAUUAAUUGCACGUGGAUUUAACGAAUUCAUUAAUGUAAUUAGAGUCGUGUCAGUAUCAGCACCACGAUGUGUAGUGGAUGUUGUAGUUCAUCUCUAGUACAGUUCGUCGCACUGUGCUGCUUACGUUUGUGGUGUUGAUGUGUGUUUACAAUUUGUUUUGAGUUGGAUUAAAACUUGUGAGUCGCGAGUCAGGGAGGACGUUGUAGUUUCUCUGGGUGAGCACCAGCGCUGUUCACGUGUUUUGUUCGUGAGUUCUAGGAGAGCUGAAGCUUCAUUACACGGUGCACAGUGGCGUACUGCAGGUGGUGCCGUGUCAGGUACUAGAGUACUCAUACAAGUACUCAUACAAGUACUCAUACAAGUACUCAGCAGAAUCGAGUACUCGACCAGCUGUCAAUGAAGACGUCAGAUCACGUGACAUUUGAUUGAAGGAUUAACUGCAAGAGAAAAUGGCGUCAAUCAUAACAUACUUGUCCGUGUUAAUGAUCGCCAGCCUUGACCCUGGGCUAGCUCAGCUUUUUGGUGACUCCCAGGUCCCGCUGAAUGUCGCCCCACCCCCCAUGAUCAUGGACGACAUUGACCCCGUCUGCUACAACUUCACCAUCGGCAACUGGCGCGUGCAGGAGUUUUUCUCUCCCAAUUACCCGGGGGAGUACCUCAACAACACCGACUGUGUCCUCUACCUCGAAGCCCCGCCCGGGUUCAUCAUCCAGCUCGACUUCCGGGAGAAGUUCCAGGUGGAGAAGUCAGACAAAUGUAAGUACGACCACCUCGAGGUCAGGGACGGACCGUUCGCCUACUCGCCGCUCAUCAACCGCUACUGCGACGCCAGCUUCCCGCCCAUGAUUACGUCAUCAGGCAGGCACCUGUGGCUCAGGUUUAAGACCGACGGCAUCCUCCAGUAUGGCGGCUUCAAGGCUGUCUACACCUACCACAAAGAGAAUGCUCAGAACGAUGGGACUGCCAUGACCAAAGGCCUCCACACACCGUGCCGUAAAGUCGCCAUGUUGACCGUCAACGAAGCUGAUGGCGUCAUAUCGUCCAGUGACAUCACGCUGGAUGACGUCAGCCACUCAAGCUCCGCUAAAGAAGUGGCCAUGGACUGCACGUGGGAGAUCUACACCAACAAGGGUUACCUGAUCAACUUGCGGUCCCUGGAGUUCCAGCUAGGCAAGCAGAACACGUGUGAGCAGAACAAGGUGACGGUGUACGACAGGACGACAGUGCACGAGCGAGACCAGUUCUGUCACGGUGGUACUCACCAGAUCGACCUCACCUCCACCAGCAACAGGAUCUUCGUACACAUCUUCGGGGUCAAGUUCAAGGCCAGACCCAAUAUCCGCAUCGUCUACUCCCUCGUUCGUAAAGGUGAUUGCACCACUUUGGAGAUGAAGUGUGGCGACCUGUGCUUGCCCGCAGUCCUCAGGUGCAAUGACGUCAUCAACUGCAAGGACAAGAGCGACGAGAGGGGCUGCAAGAGGCGGGUCAACGACCCCUAUAGCGGGAAGGACGGGAACCACGUGACCCACGAGACAGAUGACAGGGACAGCUCCAGCGACAACACAGAGAGUUCUGGGUUCUCCAGCCUUCACGCCAUCAUCCUGGGCGCCGUGGGCGGCUUCCUGCUGACCUGCGUCAUCGUCACGACGUGCGUCAUGUGCCACAUCCGGAAGCGGGACCGUGAGAAGCGUCAAGAGCUCCACCGACAGAAGAGUCCACAGAGGAACGCUCUAGAGAUGGCGGUCUGCAACAGUUCCAGCACCAGCAUGUCGCUCUCCAAGAAAAACGAAAAUUCUGGAAACCGAUCAGGCCCAGGGGGUGACAGACACCAUUACGUCACGUUCUCCAAGAUGAACUCGCCCCCCUCCAACAACAUGAUGGACGGGGGUCACCGCUACAGUGUGCCAGACCACACCGGACCCGAGGGGGACAGGAUCCCAGGGGACAGGAUCCCAGACCAGAUGACCGAGUCGGGCAACUACAAGAGGUACCUCACCAUGGAGAUCACACCAGACGACAUGAUGGACGAGUCCAUCCAGCACGGUAUCUACCCCCCCUCCCCGGGCGUCAUGGGCAUGACCAACCUCGACCAUCGCAUGCCGGAUAUUUACGGAAAUUACCAUAGCAACCAGUGGCACUGUAAGGAGGACCCCAGCAUGUACCCGUACGGGUCGUCCAGCCUGACCCGCCCCACGCCCUUCCUGGGUCUCUCUAAGCCGUUCACCUGCAGCCAGCCCGACCCCCGGUACGAGACCAAGUACAUCAAGACCAUCAAGACGCUGGACAACGACACCAUCAAGGAACACCAGCUGGCAUAGACGUCUGCCGUUUCCUAGGCAACCGUUGCUAGCUGAGGCUGAUGCAUCCAGCCAGGUUAUCCACACACAACCACAACCACAAACGUCAACACAUUAAACAACACACCGAAACAGCUGCAGUUGGACGAUGGUACCAAUAACUCAUUUUGUUCAUUUUACGUCGAGAUCUUCUCUGGAUUAUUUCUGCUGGUCCUAGAGAAA